CCAUGACCCGCCCCCAGCCCCCGCCCGCCAGGCGCGACCUCCGGUCGGCGUAGUCGAAGGUGCUGUUCCGAGCAGGAGGCGGCGGUUCGCAGGCCGAGCCGGCCGGGGACUGGACCGCCGAGCUGCGCUCGCUCGCGCCGCGGCGUUGGCGGACGGAUCCGUGCGGUGAAGAGGGCCGUGUCUGAGCCGCUGAGAGCCGAGGACCAUCCAGACGCGGCGGGACCGAGAACACGCGGACACCGAGGGCCGGGACAGCACGGACCAUGGCGCUGAAGCGGAUUAAUAAGGAACUUAGUGAUUUGGCCCGUGACCCUCCAGCACAAUGUUCUGCAGGCCCAGUUGGGGAUGAUAUGUUUCAUUGGCAAGCCACAAUUAUGGGACCUAAUGACAGCCCAUAUCAAGGCGGUGUAUUCUUUUUGACAAUUCAUUUUCCUACAGACUACCCCUUCAAACCACCUAAGGUUGCAUUUACAACAAGAAUUUAUCAUCCAAAUAUUAACAGUAAUGGCAGCAUUUGUCUCGAUAUUCUAAGAUCACAGUGGUCUCCUGCUUUAACUAUUUCUAAAGUUCUUUUAUCCAUUUGUUCACUGCUAUGUGAUCCAAACCCAGAUGACCCCUUAGUGCCAGAGAUUGCACGGAUCUAUAAAACAGACAGAGACAAGUACAACAGAAUAUCUCGAGAAUGGACUCAGAAGUAUGCCAUGUGAUGCUACCUUAAAAUCAGAAUAACCUGCAUUAUAGCUGGAAUAAACUUUAAAUUACUGUUCCUUUUUUGAUUUUCUUAUCCGGCUGCUCCCCUAUCAGACCUCAUCUUUUUUAAUUUUAUUUUUUGUUUACCUCCCUCCAUUCAUUCACAUGCUCAUCUGAGAAGACUUAAGUUCUUCCAGCUUUGGACAAUAACUGCUUUUAGAAACUGUAAAGUAGUUACAAGAGAACAGUUGCCCAAGAUUCAGAAUUUUUUUAAAAAAUGGAGCAUGUGUAUUAUGUGGCCAAUGUCUUCACUCUAACUUGGUUAUGAGACUAAACCAUUCCUCACAGCUCUAACUGCUGAAGAAGCCAUCUGAGGGGGGGAGAUGGAUGCUCGGUUGUCACGGCAAGGAAGCAACAUUAUUCUAGCAGCAUCCAUUCUUGUUAACCUUCCAUUGUUAGAGAUCUGAGGUUACGUGAUAUACUUUAUGCUCAUAACUGAUGUGGCUGGAGAAUUGGUAUUGAAUUAUAGCAUCAGCAGAACAGAAAAUGUGAUGUAUUUUAUGCAUGUCAAUAAAGGAAUGACCUGUUCUUGUUCUACAGAGAAUGGAAAUUGGAACUCAGAACACCCUUUGUAUUCCAAAAUAGGGUCUCAAAACAUUUUGUAAUUUUCAUUUAAAUUGUUAGGAGGCUUGGAGCUAUUAGUUAAUCUAUCUUCCAAUACACUGUUUAAUAUAGCACUGAGUAAAUGAUGCAAGUUGUCAAUGGAUGAGUGAUCAACUAAUAGCUCUGCUAGUAAUUGAUUUAUUUUUCUUCAAUAAAGUUGCAUAAACCAAUGAGUUAGCUGCCUGGAUUAAUCAGUAUGGGAAACAAUUUUUUGUAAAAUGCAAAGCUGUUUUUUGUAUAUACUGUUGGGAUUUGCUUCAUUGUUUGACAUCAGAUAAUGAUGUAAAGUUCAAAAGAGUGACUAUUUUGCCAUGUUCAGUUAAAGUGUACAGUCUGUUACAGGUUGACCUGUCGCUUGACCUGACUUACGCAGAAUAAUAAGCUAUUCAGAUAGUGUAGCUUCAAUGUGCUGCACAUAGUGUACUGGUAGCCCUGGAGAUGAGAGAUGGACUUGGGGCCCAGCAGCUUUGAAAUGUAUGGAGUUGAAGAAAUUUACUUUGCAGGUGCAACCCCCCCCCCAUCUAAUAUGUCUUCAACUUGUACACUUGAUACCUUAAGAAAACCACAACAUGGGAGUAAUAGUGGGUCAAUUAAUAAAGUACUGUUUUGGUGUGGGAGUUGUCAUGAGGCUGUGUUGAAGUGAUUAACUGGGAUACUUGAGUAUUCGUUGAAAUGGAUUCGUUCAGCCAUUUACUUUGAGCAUUUCAGUGCAGCAGAUACCAUUGCAGGUGACAUCACAUGAAUAAAAAUCAUAUACUAUUAGAUUCUUUUCUGUUUGACAAGUGCUAUCUGUGCCACUGAACUUCUGUAGUACAAGGGCAUUGCCAUUCUCCCCCCUAAUUCUGCUUUUUUCUAGUUAAUUUGUUUUACUCAUUGUUUUAUUUCAAGUCCUAUAUGCAAAGUAGCAAAUGUGAUGCCUCCACUUCCACGUUUUUGCCCUGCUUACACUUUACAUGCAGUCUUGUGUGCACACAGAUGUGGAAAGCUAGAAAUAAGUGUUAAAUCUUAAUUUUUACAAAUAUUUUAGUAUGUAGUUUGGACAUAAUUUGUGGACUUAAGGUUCUUCACUAAACUGGAAGUGAAAUGCAUGCUUUCUGGCUUUGAAGCUAUUCUGGCUUUGUUCAUUCUGUAAUAAGAGCUUCGUUGGAAAAUUUCAGUCAGGAUGAACUGGUUUCCAAUGAGGGAAGCAACCAUCUUUUGCUUUCAAAAUUACGGAUUCUUUAGAUGUCAUGCUGUCAAAGCAAUUCAAAUUAUGAAUGAAAAAUUAGUAACUUAGUGCUCCACAAGGUAAGGAAAUAACCGCUCUUUCACUAUUUUCAAAAUCUGCCCGAGACUCGUAGUUUGAGCUUUAGGCAUGUUCUUGAAAACCAAACACGAAAACUUUUUCUAUAAAGGGCCCAUCCCUAGUUGGCUUUCUAUUGAAGUUUGGUUUUUUUGCCUUAGAAGAUAUUCUAGGUGUUUAUAGAGAUGACUUCUUAGGCCAUCGUGAUCAUAGUGUGUCCAGAUGUGUCUGACUGGAUGCUUUACGUAUCUCCCAUGUUGCUUCUAAGGGACUGGACCAUAGAGGCUUCUCCAGGUAUAAGAGAACAGUGUGACAUACCUGGAAAACCCCACAGUUCUGAAUGUAUAGGCCCUGGACUUGGAAUCCAAUAUAAAACCUUAAGUAUCUUAAGGGUUUACCCUCAACCCACCCCACCAGUAAUUGGAUUUUAUCUGUGCCAUGUGUAGGACUGAUGUGACUAUUAGGUUAAGUAUCGGUUUGGACUGUUGCUGUACCUUUUAAUGUGCAGGCUCAUUUUUUUUCCCCUCACCUAUGAAUACAGUUGACCUGUUGUAAAUUACAUUUUAAGUGACGGGCAGGUUUGCAAUGUGAUAAUCAGAUUUUUUUUUUAAGCAAGUUUGCUUUUUCUGUGGGUGUACUCACUUUUAAAAGUAUGAACCACAGUAAACUAGUGGUCUCAGGGGUAGUGAAGCACUCACUUUUCAUUUUUAAAUAUGAAUGGCUUAGUAUUACAAUACUGAUGAUGCUGUGCUAGUGAUGGGGGGGAUGACUCAAAUUAGCCAUGUUUUGUGUUGACAUAAUUGUUAACUGAUUGUUGAUUACACUUUUAAGUGAAUUUGUCUUAUGAGGAACCCAGUGCAAGUCACCAAAUGUUGUCUAAUAGUGACAUCUGCCUAAGACUUGUAAUAGCUAAAGUUAAUUGAGCUUAAAGGAAUUGUUACAUUAAAGUCUGUUUAAAGACA